AUGUUCUUCUGGGGCGAUCACUACAAUUUCGAUGUUCAUCGUGGCCCUUUUCGUAAGAUCCUGGCAAUGGACAAGGCUGUUAGAGAAGGGGAUGAGGAGGAUGCAGAUGAAGUCAUGUACAACCUACGUAUCGCAAAAGAAUUAUACCUCCUGCUUCCCGAGAUCUUUACGCCCGACGAGGACACAGAUGAUAAAAAGGUAUUGUGGCACGACGACCUUUCAUUGUCCAGCAUCUAG